AACAUCUUUGACUACGUGUAUCGUAACAAAGCUGUGAAGUUUGGUUACGAAUUGUCUCUUGUGUUUACGUUUAUAUAAAUUGUGUGUCACAAGUCAACGUGUCUGACACGGAUAAAUUUGUUGGGUAUGCUGCCCGUGGAACAAUGUUUUCCCAUAAAAUUUGGUUUAAGGCUUUCGCCUGCAGCUCUCCUUGUGAUAUAUGAAGCUGGCAGUGGAACUGGUAAAAUCAGGAAAAGGAUAAUGCCAGUAAGAAACUUAAAACCAAAUUCAAAAAUAAGUUACGUUGCGAAGGAGUUGAUACUGCGUCAUGACAUUUUGGAAAAAAUUUGUCAUAUCAAGCUUGAAAAGAUGCUGAGGUUGUUGCAAGAAUACAUAAAAUGCAACGACCUGCACGAAUCAUUGGUAAUUGUGAGAAAAGAAUACGAUAUUAAUCCAGACGAAGAUUUCAAUGCGUUGGAAAGGGAUGAACUUAUCCGAAAGAAAGAAAUAAUGGACGAGAUAUUUAAUAAACACCGUAUUUCACCAGGUGAUCCUGGAUUCAUUUAUGAUAAGAGAGUAGAUUUUGAAAAAGGAACUACGAAAGUGAAAUCUGAGUGGGACAGUGACGGUGGUAGUGAUGAUGCUGAUGGCUUCUGGAAUUAAUAUGUUAAACGACUAACUUUGCCCCAGUAAGUCAUCUCAGUAACAGCUUUUAACUCGUGCUGAUCUUUGUUGAAAUGAUUUGGAGCUCAUUAGCAAGUAAUUCGUUUUAAGACUUUACAAGAUCAAAUCUGGAUAAUACACUAAGAGAAGUUGAGUUUCCUUUUGUGCACAGAUUGCAACAGAGAAUUUAACAACAUCCAUACAGGUGUUAGUCAUUUUAGGAACGCGGAGCAAACUUCAUAAUAGUUGCUAGAACCUGUGCCGCCCAUUAGUUGUGAGUUCUUGGUGGUUUGCUUCCUUUCGUGUGAUCUGCCAUAAACCACUCAAUAAAUUGCUCUGUUAAGCUUGUAGUAUGUAAUUCAAGUGCCCUUACUUUUUAUUGUGUUCCCAAGAACAGUUACAUAGAUGCUUACUGUAUUUAGGCCUAUAUUAUGUUCAUUAAAUUAACUUUGUUUCACACCAGUCAAUGUAAACGUAUUCCUGAUAGUUGUGAGUUGAACCUACCCAUACCUGAUGUCGGUUCUGUCUGUAGUCUAGCUUAAGGUGUAGGUUGUGCUGACAGGUAACAAUGUGGGUGAGUUGGUGAAGCCAACAAAUUUGGGCAUGAAAUCAUAGUUGUGGUGGCAUAUUGACAUGGAGCUUAACCCAUGAUUUAGGUAAGAUUAAAAUUUGACAGGUUGGUUGAGAUUUGGCAAAACCAUAUCAGAGAUUUUAGUUAAUCCAACAUUAAACCAUUCCUGAAAGCAAUAAGGUUUCAGAUUUGUAUAGUUGUGCCGUUUCUCCCACUAGAAAUUUACGAAGUAAGUCUUCACU